GGCGACCGAGACAUCAGUCAGUUUAAUCAGAAACGUUAAUCUCGGUAGGAACGGCCUAGAUGUUCCCUCCCACGGCGCUCCCCAAGUGUGACUACGGCGCCGUUGUUCACCAAAGGAAUCCCUUCUUUCGCUCGUUUUGGCCGCCGCAAGGGACUUCGAAGUCCCGCCAGGAAGAGGGGAGGCAAAGGUAUAGGGCUUCCCUGCUCGUCCCAUCGUCGUUUUUCAAAAGAUUGAAGCCUUCUGCGUGUUUGUUUUAAUCUGCGAAUGGCACUUAAGUUUGAGGUAUUGGGAAAGUUUAAUAGAGCUCGUGCAGCACAAUUAACACUCCCUCACUUUAUAUGUCAGACACCACUUUUUAUGCCUGUUGGGACUCAAGGUACAAUAAAGGGUCUAACUAAUAUUCAACUGGAGGAAAUUGGUUGCCAAUUAAUACUUGGUAAUACCUACCACCUUGCUCUUCGUCCUGGUGCUGAGCUGAUAGAUGAGUUGGGUGGUCUUCACAAAUUCAUGAACUGGAAAAGAGCACUGCUUACUGACUCGGGUGGUUUUCAAAUGGUUUCACUAUUGCAUUUGGCAGAUAUUACUGAACAAGGUGUCACAUUUCAGUCUCCUGUUGAUGGAAAGCCAAUGCUUCUCACACCUGAAGAAUCUAUCCAAAUACAAAAUAAGAUUGGAGCUGAUAUUAUCAUGGCACUUGAUGAUGUUGUAAAAACUACCAUUACUGGUCCACGCAUUGAGGAAGCUAUGUAUCGCACUCUUCGUUGGAUUGAUAGAUGCAUAUCCGAAUUUAUUUGGAAUUGUGCAAGGAGGAUUAGAUCCUGUUUUACGAGAUAUAUGUGUCAGAGGUUUGGUGGACCGCGAUUUACCAGGAAGGCUAAUCUCACCUCCUAUUGGGACAGCUAUGCUAUUGGUGGUCUUGUAGGCGGUGAAGAUAAAGACUCCUUUUGGCGUGUUGUUGCACAGUGUACUGCUUCACUACCUGAAGACAAACCCCGAUAUGUGAUGGGUGUUGGGUAUCCACUGGAUAUUGUAGUUUGCAGUGCUUUAGGUGCAGACAUGUAUGACUGUGUAUAUCCCACACGAACUGCUCGAUUCGGCACAGCUCUGGUUCCUGAGGGAAUCUUGAAGUUGAAAAACCGAGCCAUGGCCAAUGAUGAACGUCCUAUUGAUCUGACAUGCUCAUGCAUGGUCUGUAAAAACUAUACACGCGCCUACUUACAUGGUCUUGUCACAAAAGAUGCUAUGGGUUCCCAGCUACUAUCCUAUCAUAAUUUAUCAUAUAUGAUGAGGCUUAGUAAGAACCUCCACACAUCUAUAGUCGAAGGGCGAUUUCCAGAGUUUGUGAGGGGUUUUCUACAGACCCAGUUCCCCAGGGGUGAUGUACCAGAGUGGGUUUGCAAUGCGAUGGAGGUUGCCGGUGUCGACAUCUCCUCCUGCUGCACUCCCUUAGCAUCAUGGCAUGAUUAACCAAGUUUGGAUACACAAGAUCAACAAGCAGGUGUAGUUUCUGAGAAAUUUAUCAAUUUAGAUUAAUUCUGAUACCACCAUUGUUUAGAUUGCAGCAUAAGUUUUGAAUUGAUGUGCUGCUUGACUUGAAAAAUACCAUAUCUAGCAAUUCGAAUUAUAGAGGCAAUAUCUUGGGCAUGUAAUUCAUAGGAGAAAGGUGGAAGGGAAACAAACUCCUGUUGGCAAAUCUCUAUCUAUAUAGAUAGGCAUGGCUAGAAGUUCUGUUGAACAAGGCCACAUCGUUUUUGUU